UUACCAACACGUGCAAACAUGUCGUCCUUGGAAAAACAGUUGAAACGGCUUCGAAUUCCAGAUAGUAGUUCACUGGAAAGAGCUACGAAAUUUAAGAAGAAAACGUCGUUUCUUUUUGACCCGAAAGAGGCUUCUGAUAUUGAUAAUGAAACAGUAUUUGCACUGGCUUUAAAUGGACUGGAGGAACUCAAGCUUGUAAAUUUGGAAUUUGAGAGAUUUGAAACAUUGCUUUUUAGCGAGUCAUCUAAACUGCUUGAACGAAGUUUACAGUCUCAAGAGUUGAAUGACAAGUUAGACAGCAAUAUAAAGGAUUAUCUUCGUUUCUUGUCUCAGUAUAUUCUACUGAAGCCAGCUCAUAAAACACUAGAGUGGUUAAUACGUCGUUACCAAGUCCAUUUGUAUAACAUUGAUGAUUUGUUGGCCUGUGUCUUCCCAUAUCACAAGACCAAUCUAUUUGCACGCAUUGUGCAGCUGAUAAAUCUUACCGAUACGAAAUGGUCAUGGCUUAUAUCAGUUCAGAAAACAGGCAGUCCAUUGCCACACAGUACCAUCAUCCAACAUUGUAUCUCAAAUCCUGCAUUCUUCACAUUUAUAUCUGGUUUGGUGUUUGAUGUUUGUAAAACAAGUAGUGAUACUAAUCAAAAUUUUGUAGCCUUUCAUGGGUUCUCUGCAUUUUAUAUGUCAACUGUCAUAGGCGUUCUGGACAGACUUGACAAGAUUUCUGAGGAAAUUGUGACCUCAGUGCUUGCUCAAAUUAUUCAUGGUUUAAAAUCAAAUGUUCCAGACCUACAAGCCGCUUCAUAUAUGAUCAUUGGACAAUUGACAACAAAAUGCGAAUUGGAAUCUUCAGUUAUUAAAUCACUUCUUAAGAUUAUGUGUAAAAAUUCCAGUGUGCAACUGUCAAAGUCUUUGGUGGAGUGCAUCAGUAUUUUGUGCUCAAGUCACAAGUUGGUGGAACUCCCAAAAGUGGUUUAUCAAACUUUAUGCAAGCUGCCAAACAUGGGAACACUUGUUUCAGAUUUAUCAGAGAGAUAUGAAAUAGAUUCAUUUUUGAAAGUUGUUAUUUUUCAUUUGAUAAAAAUGUCCAUGGAUGGAGAAUCAGUUUAUGAGUCUCAAUUGUUAAAUUUACUCAAAGAUAUUGAUGUGAAUAAAACAACAAGGAUGGAAGUCAUCAGACAUCUUCUCAAUGAAUACAUCCAGAGAAGAUCAAGAGAAACUGAUGUGGCCAAAUUUGAAUGUAGUGUGAAGAGUAUGGUCAAGAUUAUUCAAAAUAGAUGGCAAGAAGAAAUGGACAAGACAAUUCAAGACUACUUGGUUAGUUUGCAAAAUGAGGAAAUGUCAAAAAAUGACAAGAAGCAAUAUCUGCAAUGGACUCAAGACUUUGUUUCAAUGGCAUUGUCAAAUAUUGGCAGUCAGGUUGUGUGUGAUUCUGGCUCAACUCUGUUAAUAGCAUUGCAUCAUCCUGAGGCUGAAUAUCGUAAACUUGCUCUUAAGAAAGUCUCAGAUAUUUUAAAAGAACCCAUGCGUGACGUUGAAGAUUACAAUUUUUUGAAAGAAUCACUGUUAGUCAAGUUACACGACGAUGAUCCUAGCGUCGUCUCAGCUGUAUUGGAGUUGAAUGAGGGACUAAUCAAUGUUUGUGGUGGCGAUCUUCUGAUUUCCCCGUUAGUUAAGUUAAUGGAGAAGUCCUCACGAAAAUGGUCAGACGUAUUUGAAAAAGCAAUCGAUGUUUUUUUGAGUGAUGAAAUGUUUAAAAGAUUGUCAUGUACCAAAGAUGCAAUUUUGUUUUACGUUCUGCCGUUUCUGUUUUUAAAGAAAAAUAGUUUAGAUCGUGCAAAAAUUGCUCUUGAUCGUUUGUUGAAAUCUCAGUUAAAAGCGCAAUGUAUGGUGAAGAGUUUACGAAAGAAACGUUUGAUUGAAGAAGUUGGAAAAUAUACUGCAGACUCGACUCUUCAAGAGCUUGCAACUACAAAUGCCAAGAUCAUAUAUGUUCUCGUGGAAGGAAUGAAUAUUCUGAAUAAUCCAUCUGCUUUUGAAAUGAUAAAAGAAAUGCAAGACCAUGCAAACCAAACGCAAAACCAAACUUUUGUCAUAAUGUUUCUGAUGAUAUGUUGCCAAUAUGUAAAUAAUUGCAAAGAUGAGGAUCAAAGAUUUGCAGUUAUUUUCCUGUUUCUUCCUGGAUUGCUAACACUGGUUGCUUCGGUGACACAAAAUGACAAAAUCACCAAAUCUGUUACGGAUUCAGACAGUGUGGUGACUUCGCAAGAAGAUUGUGGUAUUGUUCCUAUCGGCUUACUGACAAAUUAUCUUCAUGUGUUGAAACGGAAAAAAGAAAGGAAGCUGCUUUAUGUUACAUCAAAAAUGUAUCUUUACGUUCUUGAAAAUGCUGUCAAGUGUCUUCCUCAAGCUCAACAACAAUCGUCAAUUUGGUGGAAAAUUACUGAUGUUAAUGAGGAGCAGUACACCAUGACUCUUGUGUCUGUCGUCGAUGUCAUGUUCAAAGGACUAGUCGAAGGACAGCAGUUUUUACUUCAUGACGAAUUCAAGAGCUGUUUCGAGACAAUCGUGAAGGCACAAUUUUCCCACAGACUGCAGUUUCUAAAAUUUCUUACAUUGUUAUGGUCGAGUACCAGCUGGCAGAAAUCAUCAAGUGAUCCCAGCGACCUUCCUGUUCCCAGUGCUAUAGUUGUUGUGCAGAGUCUUAAUGUAGCAAAGUUUUUAAUACCGUCUUUAAAUGAACAAAAUAUAGAGGAAAUAACAUCAGAGAAAUCUCAAGUGCUUCCAUCGUUGUUGGUGUGUUUGACUAGUCCAAUUACGGCAAUUCGCCAGAGUGCUGUGGAAGUCCUCUCAUUAAUUAUGUCUCGCUCGACUAAUAAAACCGCCUCAGUUCAUCUCGGGAACAUUGUCUGUGAGUCGUCGGAAGAGAUUAUCGCUGACAGAACGUUUGUCGCCAGUGUGUUUCAAAGGUCUUUGACGCUCGAUAGUAAAUCUUCUGACAGCAGUGGCCGACGAAAAUCCAAGUCAAAGAAACACUCAACUGCACAAAACAUGCUCCAUUAUCUCCUGGACCACAUAGUUGAAAAAGCGACCCCUAUAUAUGUUUCUCGAGCUCUUAUAGCAACACUCAACAAAGUUGAUAGCGAGGAUAUUCUCAUCGUAUGUCACGGUACCAUGAAACAAAGAGUAGGAAACGUCUUGAAGUCAGCAGAUUAUUCAGUUGAUGACAGUCAAAUGCUGCUCUACUAUAUUCAAAAGUUUACCCCUCGCACUGCUGGUAUUCUUAAAUCCGAGCCCAGGCUGCUUGAGAUUUUGCUACAACUUCUACGCCUUUCAAAACCUUUAUUUCCUGGUCUCAAGACGCCGCAGGAAGCCGUUCUUAACCAGAUCACUACGGAAUUCUUUGAAGCAAUUGACGAUGAAAAUAUACAAAGUCGAGUGUUGGGCGAAUUGAUUGACGUGCUUACAGAAACGAGCGACCAUAAAAUGUCAGCUAAGAUCAAGGACGUUUUAAAACAGCUACCGAUAACUGCUGAUCAAAUACAAAAUGAAAUAAGUAAAUUAUUGGGAGAAGAGAAGCCAAAAAUGAAGGAAUCCAAAACUAAGCCUGAAGACGUUGCAGUUUGGUCCACUUCGUUUGGUCCAUUAUGGCAGAGAGUCAUUGCUAUCAUCGAAGUGUUACAAUCGAAAGAUGACGUUGAUCAAGUUGAAAGUUUGCUUCCCAUUCUUUUUAAAUUACUCUCAAUGUGUCUUGAAAUGUCACCCGAAGUAUCUGCAGAUUAUAUCAAGCAAUUGCUUCUCUCUACAAUGUUCAGGAUUUGCCAAGCUCAUGUUGAUCAGAAAAAAGGUGUCCUAAGUGAAUCUCACUUUAGCGUUGAACAAGUCAUUCGCUGUAUUCGUGUGUCUGAAAAUCCUCAAACUCAUCACCAUGCCCUGUCGUUGUUGGCUAUCGGAGCACAGCUUUUCCCUGAAAAAGUUCUUCAUAAUGUUAUGUCCAUAUUUACAUUCAUGGGAAUGAGUGUUCUGCGCCAGGACGAUACAUAUAGCUUCCAAGUUAUUAAGAGGACAGUUGAAUCCAUCAUUCCAGCACUUAUACAGGCUGAGAAAAAUGAAAGAAACUUGGAGUCUUUGGUGACAAAAGUAAUGCGAGUAUUUGUUGAUGCAUUUCCUCAUGUGCCUGAGCACCGUCGUUUACCAGUGUUUAGUCAUCUUCUAACAACACUUGGAGCUUCGCGUUAUCUUCAUAUUUGCUUAGCUUUACUUCUUGAGAAAAUAUCAAACAAAGAAACAAAGAUUGAUAAAAAGGAAUCCGGAUUAGUAUUUUGUAACUUCUUAUGCUGUGAGUUUUCUCCUGAGAUUCAGAUGCUUUCUUUGAUCAAUCUUCUAAAAUACCUUGCAAUGCUUCCUGAAGAAAAACCGGAAGGAAAAAAUAGGAAACGUUACGCUGAUUCAUCUGGCAUUGUGUUUGAUUUGAAUACCCAUUCCGGAAAAGAAUUACAUCAGUUUAAAUUUUGUGCCAUUGAAGUAAUUUUAAGCGUUCUUGGAACAGACAAUCUGUUGAAUAAGACUGAAAAUAUUACUGAAGAGAAAGAUGAUUCUGCUGAGAAUUUUUAUCUCAGUUUACUGGAGGAAUCCCUGAAGUACAUCACCUUUAUUUCACGGGCACUAGAAAGCAACGUUCAAGAAACGACAGUGAAAUAUUUACGCGUGUUACUUCACAAGGUUUAUCAUAUUGUUGAAAAGGUAUGUGACCUUCUCCCGAGAGCAGCAUUUGUGAGUAUUGUCUCUCAGCUUGUGCAGGGCAAGAAUUCAUUGAUCAGAAAAAAAUCAAUGGAUCUUUUUAACAAGAGAAUGGCAAAACAUAGCGGUCAUUGUUCAGCAGAAGAGGUUGGGGUAUUGCUAUCGUUUCUUGAUGCUAUAAUGCCCUUGAUACAAAAUACGGACGAACCAGAUGUCAAUAUACAGUCAGCUUUUAAUACAGUUGUGGUGCUAUCGAAGCUGUUAAACGAAAAUCAUAAUCUUCCAUUGAAAAAGAUGUUUCCUGUGGCAGUUGAAGUUAUAUCCUGCAGCAAUGUGAAGGCACAGGUUGCCUCAAGUGCAUUACAUUGCCUCGCCGAGUUAUGUUCUGUUCUUAAAGUUCAUUCAAUACCAUUCCUGCCUAAAUUUCUUCCGCUUGUUUUACAAAUACUGGAAACAAAAGGCAUCGAGAAGAGAUCCGACUUGUUGUCGCUGAAUGCUCUGACCGUUCUACAAAAAGUCGUUAAGUCUCUGCCGAAUUUCCUGAGUCCUUAUCUCAAGAUUAUGAUUCUUCAGUUGGUAUCACCUGCGUUUAUAUCAAUUGAUGAAGAUAUGACAAAUGCAAACUCGCAUUGGAACAAGCAGAUUGUUGACCUGGGUGCUAGUCUAAGAACUGACAUUGCUGUUUUGGUCAAACCGCGUAUCCUGAUUCCUAAUGUUUCUCAAUGCUAUGAGGAAAUCGUUGUAAAUAAAAACAAUGAAUCAUUGAAUGCUCUAUACGAAAUUCUUGACAGCUGUAUAACACACAUGACAAAGGAUGAUGUAAAUAAUUACCAUAAUGAACUGUUGUCCUUGUUUGUUUCCGCUUUGGACUAUCGUUCACAACAUGCACAGGGAGUUCCAGAAGAAAAAGUACUGAAGACAGAAGAAACGAUUAUUGGGGCUUUUAUUAGUUUGAUUAUGAGACUUUCCGAGUCGUUAUUUAGACCAAUGUUUUUGAAGCUAGUUGACUGGGCAACAAGAUCGUCAGCUGCUAAGUCACGACAAUUGGUGUUUUAUCAUUUGGCUGACAGGAUGGCGGACAAACUGAAAGGUCUUUUUGUCCUUUUCGCUGGAUAUCUCGUUAAAAACACCGCCAGUAUUCUUGAUUCCACUAAUAUUACGAAAACAGAAGAAUCGUUCUUUUCUGGUGAAUAUUGGGACGAUGAAGCAACUGAGAAAUCCGAUCAGCUACUUGGUUAUGUUUUGGAUUGCUUCUAUAAAUGUUUUCUCUAUGACAAUCAACGGUUUGUCAAUAAAGAACGAUUCGAUCGACUGCUUCAACCUUUAGUUGAUCAGAUAGAAAAUCAGAUUGGAAACGCAGAGGUGUUUAAUAACAGAAUAUCUGACCACUUGGCUCCAUGUAUUGCGCAAUUUGCAGUGGCGGCUGGUGACGAGACUUACUGGAAAACAAUGAAUCAUCAAAUUUGUUUGAAAACAAGACAUUCUUCACCACAGGUGCGUUUAGCGGCGUUAAAAGUGUUACAAGAACUGAAUCAAAAGCUUGGGGAAGAGUACCUCGCUCUAUUGCCAGAGAUUAUCCCUUUCCUUGCAGAACUUAUGGAAGAUGAAUCUUUUGAAGUGGAACAAAAAUGUCAGCAAGUAAUCAGUGAAAUGGAAGAAGUGCUUGGAGAGUCUCUUCAAAAGUAUUUCUAACAAACAGGUUUCUGCAUUUAUGACACGGACGGUAAGAAAUACAUGCAUGUAAGAAGUUUAUAUUUAUAUUUGGUUAGUUGCAAAGAAGCAAUCUUGGGAACAGGUAGUGUCAUUAGCGUUUAUGGGAACGAUUGCGUCGCAUUUCGUUCGUUUAGACAAGUUGCGUUUUUUUUAUCACCUAACAACUGCAUAGACGGUUAAUAAAUCUUUCUUGCGUUCUAAGUUCUAAGAUGAUGUACUAAUUUGAAAUACUUACGAUUACGAUUAAAACUAUUCAUACUAUUUCCAAAUCCUUGUAAUUAUGAUGACGAUAUACCGCUUAAAUACUUUAGAACAAUAAUCGCUUUACCAAUCCAAGUUCUAACGUUUUUUUAACCAUUUUUGAAAUAUGUACUUGACUUUUUUCAACCAUGAAGUCAUAUUUAAGUUCAAUUAUACCCAGAGCUUGACAAUUUUCUUUUCCCAUAGUUUAUGCCCUGCAACCCCUGCUUUGUAUUCCUACGCAUGAUGUAUAGGUUUGCAUAUAAUAUUGGUACACACUCUUGUGUGGUAUAUCUCGUAGCUGGUAUAUACAUAAGUCAUAUCAUAAAAAACGAUUGAGUUCAAUGAAUAAUAGCAUUAUGGCGACUAUUGAGAAAUCGAGUUUUAAAUCCAAGGAAUGAAUUCAUCAAUUACCAAGCGAGCUUGGAUUUUGCAACGUAUACCUAUAAUUUUCGACCUAAAAAUGUCGAUAUCUCAUAAGUUCUAGAUUUUACCACACAACUGGGCAUCUGUACCUUACUGUGUUUGUUCAGUUUCUGUUGUGGGAAUGAUGCGGUUAUAUUUUUAGCAAACUAUUAAAAUAUUAUCGCACCUAGUUCACGUGCCUACUUCCUGUAUAAUUGAUAUGAAUCUCGAAGUUAAAUGACCUGUGUCGCGUGUAUUGUUGCAACUUCGAAUGAAGGAAAAUGUGUUGUGAGACAGCAAUAUAAGUAAUAGCAAUAUUUCGCUUAAUGUGCGAGAAUAGUUCCCGAAUGGUUGGUUAUUAAGUGCGAAGUAUCUUUGUGUUAAUCAGAGUUGGUUGUAGUGACUUACUAAAGUACAAGGGACUGUAUAUAUUAUUAUUUGU